CACACAUGCGAAAUUCAGCCUGUCAAAAUCAUAAAACACUUCGCUCGGUAAUUUUGUAAAAUAUUUAUGAAAAAUAGUAGCCAUGAACCAUGCUCAGUUUUGUUUGUUUCUGUUUAUUCAAAUUCGAAGAUCUGAGUAGUGCGUUAUAUGAGUGACAUUCAUUAUAGUGAUAUGAUAGAUAACCUACACGGGCUUGUAGCCGAGUGUAGGUAUCUCUGCAUAAAACUGAAUCAACUGCAGUGACGCGAUUAGAUCUCAGGGCAUAGUACAAAUACAAAAUAUAGUUUGUAACAUUAUCCAGCGUGAUCAAUAUCAGAUAUCGACCGCAUAGUGAUCAGGUAUCAAGGUGUGGGGGUUGUUUGUAUGUGAUGGUGUCAGUGUGGUAGCGGUGUGGUGGAGGUGUGGGAUGCCCGUCGCGGUGAUGCAGAGGCAUGGUGGACGCGGCUGCGGAGCGCCGGGCCGCCGCCGCGGUCUGCGAUGCAGCCUCAAGCCUCACCAAAUAAACAACCUAUGGAAAUGGACUUAAAAGUCUGUAAAGGUACACACUCCUAUUACAUCACCAUUCAUCGAAUUUUUGAAUCACAAAAAUUGUGUUCAAAAACUAAAAAAUCUCUUGCACCUGACGAAACAAGAUGAUACGAAGAGGACGAUUAGAAAUUCUGAAGAAUCACAAGUGACUUAGUUUAUUAGGAAUUUUAAGAAGAUUCCGAAUUGAUACCGUUUAAAGUGAAAGUGAUACCAGACCAAAAACAUGGAUUCGAAUAUACAUUAAGUGUAGUGCCAAGAUUGUGGUGAAAAUGGAGGGUGCUGUCUUAAGCACCCCGAAUAACCGAUUCAGGACGCAUCUGAAGAAUGCAGCUUCAGCUUUGUGCGCGCGGACGUUGCCGAAGCAACGGCGCAGUGAGUCUGGAGCAAGCAGUGCGGCACGACACCAUACUUACCCUCGGGCUACGCCUCCCAAGCGCGCCGCCAUAGCAUGCCGCAUGGAGCCUCCCCUAUCUCCCCUGCAAGUACAACCCACACUCGAUCCGCCUGAACCUGUUCACUAUCAAGUCGAGGACGUUCACACGGUGACCAAGCUCAAUGGGGUUGUCAAACUUAAAGGAACUUUAGCCAGGGAGGUGGCGAGUGCGUGGGGGUGUCGCGUGGGGCAGCCCGACGAGCCCGCGCCGGCGGACCGCGUGCAGAGCCUCUUCAACGACAUCGAACUAUAUCCUACUAAGACCCAGGUAUUCGAGAUGCUAGUGUGUGCCAGACAGUGCGCGAGGCGUAAAUCAUUGACGCUCACUUUUGGAGAGUUCUGUGUCUUCGCUGCCGAAUUGAGGAGGUGUUCGAGACAAGCGAGGCAAACGCCCACCAAACCCGAAUCGCCGGUAUGGAACGUCGACAGGGAGAAUCGAGAUAAAGACCUGCUAUGCAAACACUUGAACGGCAGCGAAGCAUCGCCACCACCGUGUGAGGUGUUCCUGGGCGGGUCCUGCAACCCAACCACUUGGAGAUCGGACAUAGCCAUUCCGAUGCUAAAGAAAAUGGGAAUUACAUACUUCAAUCCGCAAGUAGACGACUGGUCAACGGAGCUGAUGGAAGUGGAGCACCGAGCGAAGGCGGCGGCGCGGGCGCUCCUAUUCGUGUUAGACAGUGAGACGCGCGCCGUGGCCGCAAGCGUUGAAGCCGCGCACCUGGCCGCGGCGCCGCGGGACUUGCUCCUCGUACUGCGGCCCUACACGCGCCAUCAGAACAUCGGCAGCGAAACCAUCGAUGACCAGGAAUACGUGGAGCUGUCGCGAGCACGCGCGACGCUACAGGAGGCCGUGGAGAGGCGGGGGCUGCCCGCGUUCACCGACAUUCCAGCGGCGCUGCGGUGCGCGCGCGCCGUGCUGCGCGGCGCCCGCACGCAGCCGCGCCACUCGCUGGGCCACACCAUCCUGCGGCUCAAGCGCGCCUACGACGCCGCGGGCGGCCGCGCGUCGCGCCUGCCGCGCCCGCGCGCCCUCGACGCGCUCCGCGACGUCGCCAAAGUGCGCCGCGACGUCGCCGACAGGUGCCUCCCCCCCACCGCCGACACCGUCGACUUCGAAACCUUCUGCGCGGCCGUCGCAGAGCUAGCCGCCGAUUCAGUAAGUGGCCAUGUGGCGGAUAAGGGUGUGUGUACAGAGCCGCGGGCGGCGGGCGUGGCGCAGCGCGUGCGGCGCGCGUUGCGCUCCUUCUGCGACCGCUUCACUCCCUCCCCCGAAUGUCAGUCGCGUCCAGUGCAAGAAGCGGACGCUGGCGCGGGUGUGGGGGCGGUGGCGGUAGCGGGCGCGGAGGCGGACGAGCGGCCCGCCACCCGCGAUUCUAACGGCCUGCACGCCUACAACGCGCGUUUGCGUGCCUACGGCCGGAAACUUGGACUAAUCAUUCCUAAGAACGGCACCCGCACAGCGGAGGACCCGAGCGGCACCGGCACGGCCGGCGUGGGCGCAGGCUCGGGAUCUAGCGCGGAGUCCGUGUUCACGCCGGGCACCGAGCGCCGCCUCGAGCGCCUGCCAGCCAUGCUGGGUGCGCCCACGCAUGAUGUCUACCUUGGCGGGUCGUUCCCUACAAGUCACACGCGACCAGAAGAGAUCCUGCGCCGCGAGGGCUUCACCUACGUCAUCCCGCGCGCCAAUGACUACACGCGUAUGUUCUCAUGCGGAGGCCGGCGUGCCGCCCCGCCGCACCCGGAGUCCCCGCCACACGACAAGAAGCCGCGCCCCGCCCCCGCCUGCGCCGACCAAGUGGAACUGCGGGACAGGUCCGCCGCCGCCGAACCCACGGACCGGCUGAGCGCCUCGGACUUCUAUACCGUCACUGAAGACAAAACCCCGCAGCCGUUUAAAGGUACAUAUGACGAGGAUUUGCUGCUGGGGUCUCGCGUGCUGGUGUUUUCAAUGAGCGCAGACGCACCUUGUUUUGCGGCGAUGGUGCUAGCUGCGCACUACAUGGGUCUGCGGCCUAAUAAUACCGUGCUACUCGUGCAGACCAUGCGCUCGCCGGCACAGGGCACGCAUAAUUACAGUGAAGCAGCGGUGAAGGAUUACAACCGCGGGCGUCACUACCUCACGGACCUCGCACGUCGCGGCGGCGUGCCUGUGUUCGACAACGUCGACGAUACUGUCGCCUGUGUCGUUGCGCGCCUCAGGACCCUAUAGCGGAUAUACGGGCGCAGUGCGCCGGAAAAUGAAAAUACAUCACACGCCUAUAUUGAAAGUUACGUUAGAUCGGAGAAAGUAAGGAAAUGAUGAGGUGUGGCAGAAUGUUUAUGUUAAAAACAAAGCCGAUCUGUAUUUUCUUACCAGAGGUUCAUUCUCUUUUGAAAUAAACAGCUAGUUUUGAAAUGUUAUGUAUUCACUUAGUUUGUUGUUAGUGUGUAUAGAAAUGAACGUUCUGUCACACCGCAACGCUUUCAUUCCGUACGAUCGGUAUAAAAUAGGUCUUACAUUACCAUGCCCUCUAAUUCUAAACCCUGGUUCACUAGAAACUAUCUCGUCCUCCAGUCGCUCGCAGGUAUACACAAUACACAUGAAUCUCAUUUAUUAGAUCACGUUAUUUAGCGACCUUUAAUUAAUCACAAACAUAAAGACAUCACAAACGGUAAAAUACAUCCCUUUAUCUACAACGACACGACCUCGGCGUGGCAGAGUCUCAUAAGCCUGUACUUAUUAUUUAACAAGACGUUUAGUUUAGUACAAAGAAUGUCUCUCUUUUAUUUCGUCACUCUCUAUUGUAUUAUAUAUAUUGUAAUCGCGCGAUAGGCACUAAUGUAAAUACGACUUGAUUUAUGUAAGAGCAAGAGUGGAAGGUGAUGAUGAUGGCAGAGUUAUGAUGAGGAUUCAACAAAUCUCUGUGAUGAAUUUGUUUAGGGAGCUUUAUUGUGGAGAGUUUUCAAUGCAUAAGCGUAGUUGUAGCGUAAUAUUAAGGAGGAACUGGCCGGCUAGCAAACACUAGUGAACUCGCAUGACAAAUGCACUUGUCAGUACAUAUUAACGCUGACGAUGAUAUUAGUACAUUUUCAAAGUAACUUUGGGAUAUUACAGUGGGUCGUAGACAAUUUCUCAAAUUAGAUUUUAAGAGUGUAUUGGAAUAGUGCUUUUUUUAAACUUUAGAUACGAUUUACAUCACUAUUAAAUAUAGUAACUGCAAAUCAGUUCUAAAAGUACAAAUAUUAUGCUCAUGUAGCAUAUAUAGGAGAAUGUUGUCAUUUUUAUGAAUAAUCUAGUAAUUUUAUUACAACAUAAUAAUUUUAUUAAUUGUUAACGCACUUAAUUUGGUCUGUCGGUGUUUUAAUUAUAUUGUUUAAAGGAAUACUUGUUGAUAUAUUAUCGUUGCGCUUGACAAGCUUGCAACAUUGGUACACGAUAAGGACAGACAGUAAGCUAGAUUCAAAAUUGUAUGCAAUUCUAAAACUAAUGCUUGCAAAACAGGCUAUUGUUGUGGCCUUAUUUCCAUACCUAAACUAGGUAUAAGUAUAGAUAAAAUUAGAUAAUUUAAGAGUUAAAAUUUGACCCACUGUCACUAAAAUAUUUUAUACACUUCAGCAAAUAUUAUUUGCUAGUCACAUUAUCCAUUAAUAUGUAUAAGUACUUUGUAAUACAUUAUGUUUGAUAGUACAAAUAUCUAAUUUAUAGAGAAAAUGUUUCAUAUAUUAAUUGUAAUUUUAUGCCAUGUACGCUUAUUUUAAACUAAAAACAUCACAUAUGUAAAUAGAGAAAUUUGUAAUUACA